GCAGGGCUGCGGAGAUUUAGACAGACUUUACUGUGGUUUUACUCUCGGGCUGAGAACGUUUCGGGCCCCUAUCAGCUACCAGAAGCCCGCAGUCCCGAGCGGAGAGACCGGCGGCCCUCAGCGGAGCUCACACCGGAACUGGUCCUUCACGGCGAGGCAGCCGCUCUCAAAUAAAUCCGGUCCAGAGGUCGAAAACAGACUCGGAGACAGCGGAGCCGAUCGAGAAGACGACAAACUCUGGAGAGGAACCUCACGUCCCACCCUGACCGUGGACCAGCUCUGUGGUGGACAUCUAUGUUUUUUUCUUCAGGACUGUCUUCAGUAGAAAUCGACCUUAUCUCUAAGUUUGUCUGACAGUCAAAGCCACCGUCAUGUUUGACCGUGAAACCUUCCCAGGAGUUAAAAGAUUUGAUACUUUUGUUUCUUUGAACCUUUUUUCUGCCACGUUUCAGCCAAGCUCUGAUCAUUAAAGGGACUUUUUUUUUUCUAAGAGGAACUUGCGUCAUCUUUUUGAAUUUCUGUUUUGUCUUCUGUUAUCACUCGCUGUCCAUUCCUGAUAAGGCUUUAGUUCUCACAAGAAGGGAAGAGAAGGGGAGUUCCAGUUUGACGACACUUACAGAACAGUGUCAGAGGAGAGAAACCACCACACUGCACCGCUGUUUUUAAAAUGGGUUCAGAAAAGGACUCUGAGUCGCCACAUUCCUCCGUGAGCGCUGUUCCAAACCCCAAGUGCCGUACGGCCAACAAGCGCCAGGGCCGCAUCUCUUUUCACAGCCUUUUCCACAGCAAAAGAGGGUCCCAAGGGACCCGGGGCCCCAAAGGAGGAGCUGCGACGCCUUUAUCUCAGCAGCUUCAUCUUCAGCACAGUCAGACUCCACAGCAGCUUCUCUCUUCUGCCUUGACCGCAGCACCUGUUCCAGUCACUGCUGUACCUGCUGCUGCCACUGCACAGGAUGUUUCCUCCAGCAGCCCCUCCAAACCCCUCUCUUCCAGCCAGCCGUCACUGGAUGGAGCCCCCUCAUCUGCAGAGGCCAACCUCCUGGAGUGCCCACUGUGCUUGGUACGCCAGCCCGCUGACCAGCUCCCUGAGCUGUUGGGAUGCAGCCACCGCUCCUGCCUCUGCUGCCUGCGGCAGUACCUUCGCAUCGAAAUCACCGAGAGCCGGGUCCAGCUUAGCUGCCCCGAGUGCGCCGAGCGACUGGUUCCGCGGCAGGUGGCAGACAUCUUGGAUGAUGCGGCUCUGCUGGAGAAGUAUGAGGAGUUUUUGCUGAGGAGGUGCCUCGCCUCUGAUCCAGACUGCCGAUGGUGCCCUGCACCUGAUUGUGGGUUUGCCGUCAUUGCCUCAGGAUGUGCCAGUUGUCCCAGGUUGGUGUGCUGCAGAGAGGGCUGCGGUGCAGAGUUCUGCUACCACUGCAAGCAGGCAUGGCAUCCAAACCAGACUUGUGACUCAGCCCGCCAGCAGAGAGCGCAGUCGUUGCAUACCCACAGCAACCACUCCCCCAGCUACACACAGGAGCAAGGACCCGCUGAUGACAUCAAGCCCUGUCCCCGCUGUGGCGCCUACAUCAUCAAGAUGAAUGAUGGGAGCUGCAAUCACAUGACCUGCGCCGUCUGCGGCUGUGAGUUCUGCUGGCUCUGCAUGAAGGAGAUCUCUGACCUGCACUACCUCAGUCCAUCCGGUUGUACAUUCUGGGGAAAGAAGCCAUGGAGCAGGAAGAAGAAGAUUUUGUGGCAGUUGGGCACCCUGAUCGGAGCUCCGGUCGGAAUCACCCUCAUCGCUGGCAUCGCUGUACCAGCCAUGGUCAUUGGCAUUCCGGUGUACGUCGGCCGAAAGAUUCAUGCCCACUACGUGCUGAAGAAGACAUCUCGGCACAGAAGGAACCUGGCUGUCGCAGGGGGCGUGGCCCUGUCCAUCAUCACGGCCCCCGUCAUCGCAGCUGUCAGCGUCGGUAUUGGUGUUCCCAUCAUGUUGGCCUAUGUGUACGGAGUGGUGCCGAUCUCUCUGUGCCGAGGAGGAGGCUGUGGUGUGAGCAGGGGGAAGGGUCGCGGAGUUCGAAUAGACUUCGAUGAAGAUGACGGACCAAUCACAGUGGCAGAUGCAUGGCGAGCUCUCAAAUCGCCGAGCCUUGGUGAGAGCAGCUUGGACGGGGCGGUCAGCGGGCUGAGCACCACGUCACCUAGCGAGGGGCUCUCUGUGGCCCCCGGAACUCUGGGUGACACACCCCACUUCAACACGCUGGCAGGUGGCGCCCUGGGAACCCGUACCAGCAAAUACAGCAGGCUGGAGGUCCAAGCGGGUGCGUUGGCUAACGAUUCCGCUCAGAGGGAGACUGGCAGCCUGGGAGCAGGAAGUGACUGUGCCAGCACCCGAGGAAUGGCCGGAUCCAUCAUCUCCUCCUACACGCUGCCUGACAGGGAGUGCACCAACAUGGAGAUCCAGGUGGACAUUGAGACCAAACCCAGCCAUCUCUGCCUGACAAGCGAAGAGGACCUGACCCCGCCUCCGGGCUCUGCUGCCAUGGCAGCAUCCUCGGCAGUCGAGGAGCCUCAAGACUGCAGCUCCAGAAGGGGCGGGGCAUUGUCGGGUUUGGCAUUGGGCCUGUCACCGGGGGAAUCGGUCAGGGACGGCCUGAGAGACGUCACCCUGGCUCAGCCGGAGAGCAUCCGUAGCGACCUGGAGAUGUCCGACACGCAGUCGGACGACAUCGCAGAGCUCACGUCAGAUGACUGUGACUCACCUCACCCAAAAAGCUGUCACUUGGUGGCCGGCCAUCAGCCCCAGCCUCCUUCGUGCCGAGCCCUGAAUCCCUCCACCGAAGGCCUUCGCUGUCCUGCAGACAGCAACGUCGCCCUGUACGUCUGAGAGAACAACAACUCUCAGGAUUGCGCACACAAAAAAUACCCAGUGCUCUAACUGUUAUUUUAGCUUCUUUUUCAAACUCCUCGUUUGCUGCUUUUACAAACACUGUCUUAAACACAGACGCCGUCAGUUUGCUUCUGUCUGCCUGUCUCAUCUACCUGUCAAUCUCCUCACUGGCUAAAUUGUCAGGGUUCUACCUCUGAUAUUUGUAACAUAAUUUAUGUUUACUUCUUGGUAUAAAAUGCCUUGGCUACUUCAGCAAAAACAAAAAGAUGUUACACAAAAUUUCCAUUUGGGGGAAAGAAAAAGAGACUAAAAUUGUGAUGAGGUGUCACGUCACUGUGUGCAACAACAGUUUGUGCUUCGAAUGUUUAUAACAGUGUAUGAAUGAAUGGGGACUUUAUACUCAACUGUUGUGGCUUUAUUUUCAAUUUUCACCUCUUUUUAUAUGCAGCCAACCUUGAAAUUGAAGUAUUCGCUGCGUGCACGAGUCUGCAUGAGUCUGGAAUGCUGAAAGAGGCAGCGGGUUGUCUGUUAAACUGGCGAAAGGUUUGUUGAUGAACUCAGUCGCUGCAAAUAAAUUUAUUAGAUUUUACUCCUCCUGCUCACAGCACGAUGAGGAAAAAAAGGCAAAGUGUGCUUGUCCAAUGACAGAGUUCAGAUUUUUAUUGACAGAAGGCGCUGCAGUGAACUGCACUGAGAAAAGAUUCACACUGCAUGAAUGUUUUGCACACAGUUUGAAUCAAAUAUAUUAUUGAAAGCUUUUAAUUUGAAGAAUCCAGACACCAAGAGUUUGCCUUAUUUUUCUGUCCUUUCCAGUUAAUUUAGUGAUUUCACAUAUAUUGAAGAAACAUUUUUUUUUUUUUUUUUUUUUAUAGACUUUAAUAGUAAAAGACUCAUUCACUCCCUGUGGGUCCAUUCUUUUUUCCUCAAAUUUCCCUAAUAAAGUUGAAACAGUGAUGUAGCUUCAGUUUAAUUGGAGUCAGACUUGAUUGCCUCAGAAAAAAGGCUUUCAAAGUAAUGAUUUUGUACCAGUACAACCAUCAGAUGAGGAAAUGUUCAGUCCAUACUUUUGUUCUGAAGGAUUCAAAUGGGUCACAUUUACCUGCAUCACUCUGUACAAAUGAUAAUUACUGACUAAAUAUGAUUUUAAAUUGUAAGCAUAUGUACACACAACUGUGCAAAAAUCUUUGACACAUUAUUAUUAUUGUAUUAUUAUUUAGAUAAUAUUAUUGAUAAGAUCCAAAUGUAUCCCAAUAUAACACUUUAUUUCAACCAGUAUUUUAAUUUCUGAUUCCAUUUUGUUCCUUGUUCAGACUAAUUUGAAUGGCAUCAAUUGUCUCCUUUAUAAAGACAAUCUGCAAAAAUCUUUACCUUAAAAUGAAAAAGUAACGAUGUGGCAACAAUAAGAAAAACAUUCAAGAUAACAAGUAACUUGUGAUUUCAAAAAUAACAACCAUUAAAGUUUACAAAGUUACCAGGCUUUUAUUAACCAUUAAACCCGUCAGAACCUCCUUCACACACAAAUUCUCAGGUGCUUAAGACUUUUGCACAGUGCUGUGUAUGACUUUUAAAUAAUUUGGAGAAUCUGUUGGUGCAUGUGGUAAUAAAUGGUCUAAAUGAUGAAUCUGGACAUUAAAAGUGAUCUAAAAUGAAGUCACAUUUAAAGGACAGGAAGCACAUGCUGCUUGACUUUUUUUGUAUUAAACUUAAAGAUGGUGUCAUGUGACUGUACUUGUGUUUGACAGCCUGUGACCACACUGACCUGUGACAGCGUUUGUUACCAUGGUGAAUGUUUGUCCGCUUUGUUCUUCAGAAUGAACACAUGCACUUUAUUAAUUUUUUUUAUUUUGCUAUUUCAUCACAUUCUGCUGUAAAUGUGUUUACUUUAACUCGCUAAUGUCUGUUGCCCCCCCGCCCAACAAAAAAAGCUUUUGUGUUGGAUGUAACAAAGGUUUGGCUUCAAACCGUUGUAUUAAAAAAAGUGCUUUAUUUUUUCUCUAACUUCAAAGGAGUGUGAAUUUUUUUUAAGAAUUUGAUUAAUUUUGGGUCUGUAGUUAUUUUUGUUAAACUGUUGGUUAUGUAUGAAGUUGCCACUAAACACUUCAGAUGUCGAAAAGCUUUUUUGAAAUCAUCUUCAGUUUUCCUUUUGUUUUUAUGGAACUGACCUGGAACAUGUUCCUGUCUGUUUCCUGUUUGUUUUUGACGACAUACUUUUAUUCUGUGGUCAUCACUUGUUUCUAACAACCAGUUAGAAACACACAAACGCAUCAUGGUCAGGAACCAGACGUAGGAAACGUCUAAACAGUCGGUGUAUUUAUUUGAACAGUCAACAACACAGCAAUAUUUAAGUGUUUUUUAUAUGUGGCGUCUGUUAUUGUUCCUGUUGGACAUGCAGGACUGUGAAAGACAUCUAGUGGACCUUUUGGUGGAGGGGGAGGGUAAAUAAAUACAGUCUUCUGCUGCACCAA